GUGUUGAAACACAUCAUUGGCAGGGAGAUCCAUGAUGAGGAAUGUCAAUUCUUGUCCAGGAAAUUCACUGAAUGGGCAUAUGGGCCAGUGCACUCAUCGCUGUAUGACCUCUCAGCCCUCGACACAUAUGAAGCAAAGUCUGUGUUGGAGAUUAUCAUCUAUGGCAGUGAGACUCCGAACCGACACGAGAUGCUAAACUUAGAGCCGCUGAAGCACCUGUUACAGGACAAGUGGAACACCUUUGCCAGCUUCAUCUUUUACAUCAAGUUCUUCAUUUACUUGUCCUAUAUGAUCAUCUUCACCACUACAGCCUACAAUCGGAUUGAGGAACAAAAG